UAGAAGGUAAAAUUAAAAGGGUGAUAUUUUUAAGCAUGAUAAUCAGUUUUUUAUUACAUACAUUAUUUUUUGUUUUUAAACUAUUAUCAUAGCUAUUAAGAGUACAUUUUAUUUAAGAUUUGUAACAAUAAAUAACGGUAUACCAUUCUGGUACAAAAUAUGCGAAUUGAAAUAAUAAAACACACUGAAAUCUAUGAUGAUAGGUAUACUCAUUUAUUAUGUAGUUCAAAAUGGUAUAUUUAUACUACGUUUUAGAAUGAAACAUUUUUUAUACUUUUUAGAGUCACGCUUGUAACUCUUGAACCCCAAAUUGUCCAUAUAUAUACCUUUGGAUACCUUUCUGUAUAUAAUCAUAUCCGUGUAGGUUCUCAUUAAAUGGGCGUAAAAAAUAUUGUUCGUUGAAAUACGAAGGUAUUCUGGUAUAUUUAUAACUAUAAAGAAUGAAAUAAGUAAAUUAUUUUUAUAAAUGUGCAAUGAUUACAUUGAGAAUAGUUUUGUAUAAAAACAUCCAAAUAUGUUCGCAGUCCGUCUCACGGUACUUUAGCCGAUGUUGUUUCCUUUACCUAUUAUAAUAUCGUAUUGUAAACCUGUGCGUGCAGCAAAAAUUAUUUUUUAUUGUGUUAUUUUAAUAUUUGUAGGUACUAGAUAUAUCACACAUUAUCGAAUGCACUCAGCCGCGACUCCAUGGACAUGGUCGACGGUCCAUGCAAUUGACUAACGUUGGAUCUCGCGUAUGUUAUCGUAGUGUUGUCUGCCUCACAAUAUGAGGCUGCAUGCAAACUACCGUAGUGUACCAAUAACCUACACCCAACGUGUACACGACGACUCGCGUUACAAUUUAAAUCAUUUUUACUUAAUAAUAUAAUAGUCGGUUCCCAAUCGAAAUCUUUAUAAUUGUUUAUUUUUGGCUGUAGUGGGCGAUAUAUUAUAUUUCAAAGCCGUGAAAUGAAUAAUUGGACGUUAUUGUCGAUACUGAUCCUCGUCGUGUGCGUUAAGCAGAUGGGCUGCGAUCAGUCGUCAUCUUGCUCGCGGCAUUUGCAAAGACCGGAACACGAAUACCACCUGACAAAGGAAUGUGCUGAGUCCUAUAUGCGAAUAGUUGCAUCGUCAAACGCGACGAAAUUGGAAUCAUGCGUCCAGUUUGCGGCGACUCAAAACGCUUUUGCGUUCACGUACGCAAAUUUCACCAAAGGUACGAUGCCCAUGCUGAGUUUCACUUGCAACGUUUUUGAUUGCCCGGAGUUCCACCCGUUUCUACUCGCUGCCGGUGAAUCGGUGUAUGACUAUUAUAGCAUGUACUCAAAACCUUUGCCCAGUGAAAACUAUACUUGUGCACCAGGUCUUGGUGUAUUCGAAAUGGUGAUGAAUCCUUUGAACUAUUCAAACGCUAUGGUUGCGUGUGAGGACGUCGGCGGCCACCUUGCUAAUGUCGUAUCCGAUUCUCGGACUUCAUUUUUGGCCACAUUGGUGUCGUCAGAUUUGAAAAAUAAUACCCCCACCAAUCGCAAAGCAUUUGUUGGAUUAUUCUUCGAAAAUGGCUUUGUAACCAUCACAGGUGAACCGUUGAGUUGUUUGCCGUUUAGGGCAUGGGCACCAGGUCAUCCAAAAACUGGUAGUCCGAGAAAAGAUUGCGUAGUUCUAGCGGCCAACAGGUACUGGGAAACAGUGGACUGUUCGAGGAAGUUGCCUUACAUUUGCGAACUCGUCCCGGAUGGUCCGCUAAGCCCAGUGGAACGGUACUGUGCACCAAUAAACAACAUAAAACGUAGAAAAAAUUGUAUUUUACGAAACCACAAUCAAUUUGAACAAAUAGAGCAAACAAAACAACAAUGCAAUGGUAAUAUCAACACAAACAAAUCUGAAGCCAUUAAUGACAACAAUUAA